AUGAAAGUAAUUUUGGAUGGCUAUCCCCAACAUAGUCCACCAAUUCAUCCAACGAAACUUACCGACCAGCUGUACAUCGGCAACCAGGAUAACGCCGACGAUGUCAUCUUGUUGCAAGGUUUGGAGAUAACACACGUUUUAAACUGCGCCGGUACAAGGAAUUUCGAUUUAACUCGUUCACCAUACCCGUUAAGUUCCGGUAUAACAAACUUUCUAAUGAUUCCAGCGCAGGAUUAUGACGAAUUCGAUAUAAUGCAGUUUUUCGAGGACGCCAUAGGUUUCUUGGAUUCAGCAACGUUGUCGGGCGGUCGUGCGUUCGUUCAUUGUAGUAUCGGAGUGAAUCGUAGUGGGGCCAUUGUCGCCGCUUACAUGAUGAUCAGUCAGAAGAAACGAUUGCUAGAUGUUAUUGUUGAAUUAAAAGCCAAACGUUUGCUUAUAUUAUGCAAUAUGGGAUUCAGAAAACAGCUG